AUACGUAUCGAGGGGGAAAGGUAUAAAAAGCACCAACCGAUGCUGUAUGGACAUUAAAACUUCUUUGCCUUUCUCUCAAGUCUAUCACUAAGAAAUAUCCGUCAGACCAUAUAAACGAUGGCUGUAAACAAUAUGGUUCGUUUGAUCGUUGUGCUGUGUGCCACUAUAGUCGGAAUUUAUGCGUUACCACCCUCUUACUCGGCCGGCCAUUACGAUCACUAUGCUCCAGCCACAUCGUACGCUACGAUUUCCACAACACACGUGAAGGUUCACCAUCCUCCUGCAACACCACAGAAGUACGAGACUCCAUAUAAAUAUGAAUAUUUGGAUAAACCUUUGAUCCAACCUGAGUACAAAUACAUAUCAUUACCAGCUGCACCAGCAUUUGCAGGAAAACUCGAAGAUGCUAAUUCAACCCCGGGCUACAAAUAUUUGGCGGCUUCUCCCACUUAUAAAUACGUGCAACCUCCAGCAGUAAACAGCGAACCAGAAGAAGAAGAAGAUGGACAAACAGAAGCUCUAAAAUACGCUUAUAAAUACGAAAACUUAUACAAGGAACCAUUACAGAAAAUUCCACAGACAUAUGAACAGCCAGCCGUUCAAUAUAAAUAUAUCACAGUACCAUCUUAUAAAUAUAUUCAACAACAACAACCCGAAUAUGACUUUGGUACCGAAGACAAACAUCAGUACUGAUAGAACCCGUUAUAUAAUGUGUGCUUAACAUUACACACCCACCUUCCUGUGGCCUCUGUUGUUAUUCAAUUUCGAUUGCAUUUUAUCUCGCUCAGAGUGCCUUUUUAUUUUUAUGUAGUUGUCAUAUGUAAUUGUUUUUUAUUUAAAUACAAUUUUUAUUUUGUAAGUCGUUAUUUAAUUAAUCAUUAAUUUUGUCGUUUACUAUUGGAAAUUGAAAAUAUUAAACGUUAAUAAAUCUUAGAUAA